CGAAGUUUGACAGUUCUCCGGACGGUUUGAAAAAUUCUCGUCAUCCUCCGCAGAUUAGAGAAGCUUGUUCGGUCGUCGAUUCCUUUUUUGUGUGCUUCGGUCGUAGUUUUGUAACCCACCAGCCAGGAAAAAGUGAUUUUCCUACUUGUAAAUCGUCAAGAACCUGUGAGACUAGUUCGUUCUCGAGGAAAUGGCUGUAAAAGCAAUCAACGACGAGGCUCACUUCCAAGCCGAACUCGCUGCAGCUGGAGCCAAGUUGGUCGUAGUGGAUUUUACCGCAACUUGGUGUGGACCAUGUCGGAAUAUUGCUCCCUUGUUUGAGCAACUCCCGGCAAAGUACCCGAAGGCAGUUUUCCUGAAAGUGGACGUGGACAAAUGCUCGGAGACGGCUUCCUCGCAAGGAGUAUCUGCGAUGCCAACUUUUAUUUUCUAUCGAGCAAGGACGAAAAUUGAUCGCAUGCAGGGAGCUGACAUCAAUGGAUUGGAGGCGAAGAUUCAGAAGCAUUAUGUUUCCAGUGUUGACGAAUCCGGGGAGGACUAUGGUCAUGGAUUGUUGGACCUUGCCACAUUCAUCCAGAAGAACCAGUGCGAAUGUUUGAACGAAUCGGACGACCACCCAAUGACGAAUGCUCUCAGUUCCGGUGCCGGCCAUUUGGCUUCGGACUGCGACGAACAGCUGAUCAUCUCGAUUACAUUCAACCAGGUUGUGAAAAUCCACUCGAUCAAGUUCAAGGCACCGCCAUCGCAUGGACCGAAAAAUGUGCGGCUGUUCAUCAACCAGCCACGCACAAUCGACUUCGACAUGGCCGAUUCGCACGUGUCGGUGCAGGAUCUGGUGAUCGACCAGAAGGAACUCGAAUCAGGAUCACCGGUUCAGUUGCGCUUCGUUAAGUUCCAGAACGUGCAGAACAUCCAGCUGUUCGUGAAGGAUAAUCAGUCCGGCGAUGAGACGACAAUCAUCGAUCAUUUGGCCUUUAUCGGGUCGCCGAUUGCCACGACGAAGAUGGAUGACUUCCAGCGGGUGGCCGGCAAGAAGGGUGAGAGCCAUUGAGUGGUUGCAAUGCUGAUGGUCCGGCCAGGUUUGAUAGGAACGGCAGAAAUUGAUAGAGGGUGGCAAAUGAUGGAAGUACUAAUCUACUGCGGAUUUGAUGGGUGAAUUUGAUUCUCGGAUAAAGUCUUGUUUGCUUUUUAUAAAUUGUAAAAUUCAAUCAUUGUCAA